AGGUUGGACAUGAUGUUCGGUAACAAUUCCGGCGACGGCCUUCGGUAUAUUCCACGAUGAUAUCAUUCGUCUCUUGCUGUUCAUAUAAAGGUGGUGUACAAUCAUGUACUGAGGCAUCAGCUUUUGUUGUCGCUACCACUCAGUAACACUAGAAGACCUCGCUGGUGGUACCUGGAUGUCACAGCGUACAUCGGCCAACCUUCAUCCCCACCAUGAUCAUAUCUCACCGUCUCAAGUUCUCUAUACUGGCGAGUUGUGUAAUAGCUAGUCAAAAAGUUACAGAUUUUACUCAACAUGUAAACCUAUUCAUUGGCACUGAAGGUCCGGUACCGGGAACCGCAUACAGCGCUGGAAAUGUCUUUCCAGGUGCUUCAUUGCCAUUUGGAGCUGUGAAGGUCGGCAUUGACACUACCAGGUGGAAUGUAUCUUUUUCGGCCAAUGCGGGCUAUACCCCUGAUGGUAAUGUUACUGCCAUCACGAUGCUCCAUGAAAGUGGGACGGGAGGUGCACCGACGUACGGUCUAAUUCCUCAAAUGCCGAUAACGACCCUAGAUGGCGUUAAUCUGUUAGAUAAUCUCACUUACAUGCAGCCACGAGUUGGCGAGGACAUCGCUUCAGUCGGUUACUAUCAAACGCGGCUUGAAAAUGGUGUCACUGCCGAAAUCAGCGCUUCAAUGCAUGCAGGCAUCAUUAAAUACCAGUAUCCAGAGUCGGGCCAGCGGUUGGUCGUGGUUGAUCUCAGCCAUUUCAUUCCAAGCACCGGCAAGAAAGAACAAUGGUACAGCAAUGGUUUUAUCGAGAGAAGUGAAGACGGUUCGUGGUAUUCGGGCUAUGGUGUAUACCGGGAAGGUUGGGCUUGGGGCGGCGAUUUUAGGGUUUACUUCUGCGGCCAUUUCGAUACGACCCCCUCAGAAGCUCAAUUAUUUUCCGGCAAGGCUACUGAUCCGUACUGGCCUAAUACGACAGAUGCGCGCCCUACUCUUACUAGUGAAACAACGAUUCAGGGGGGUACCAUAGGCUAUCAAUAUGCGGACCGUAUCGGUGCACUAUUUGAGUUCCCACACAAUAUCACAACCAUUACUUCCAAAGUCGGUGUUUCAUGGAUUUCAGCUGAUAAAGCUUGCCAGUUCCUCGAAGAAAUUCCUGGAUGGGAUUUUAAUGCCACUGUCGACGCAGCUAAGGACCAAUGGAACACAGAAGUACUCUCCAAAAUCGAUGUGAAGACAGCCAACCAGACAAGGCUGGAGAUGUUCUAUACUGGUCUAUAUCAUGCGCAUCUUCUGCCCUCAGACCGCACUGGCGAAAACCCUAAUUGGGUCUCCAACGAACCAUAUUACGAUGACUUCUACACCAUCUGGGACACUUUCAGAUGUCUGCAUGCGUUGACAACUCUUAUAUUGCCAGACAGAGUAGUAGGAAUUGUUCGUGCUCUGAUAGAUAUAUGGCGCUUUGAGCGUUUCAUGCCUGAUGGCCGAAGCCACAACGUCAAUGGGAGAGUACAGGGCGGCUCGAAUGCGGAUAAUGUCCUAGCUGAUGCUUACGUCAAAGGUCUACAAGGUGGCAUCAAUUGGACCGAUGGUUAUCUGGCCAUGAAAACCAAUGCUGAAUUACAGCCAUACAAUAACUUCGACUUUGAGGAUCCAACUGGAAGCACCAAAGAGGGCCGCGGCGCGCUUCAAGACUGGAGACAGUAUGGCUAUGUCACGCCAAACCGUGGGCGUUCGCUUAGCAAAACUACGGAAUAUUCUCAUAAUGAUUUCAGUCUGUCUCAGGUCGCGAAAGGUGUGGCGCCAAAUGAAGUUGGACUUUACCUUAACAGGUCGAGGGGUUGGCAGAAGACGUGGAACACAAAUGUGACAUCGCUUAACUUUACCGGCUUUCUGGCACCGACUUAUGGAAACCGUACCAUUCAAAAUUACGAUCCGUUGAGCUGUGGUGCAUGUGAGUGGAGCUCUAUUUCCUACGAGGGCGUACCGUGGGAGUACAGCUUCAGCUUCCCUUUCGAUAUGGAGACACUCAUAUCUUUGAUGGGCGGACAAGAAACCUUUGAGUCACGCCUUGACACGAUGUUUAUCCCUGGUCUGACGAAAUCGAACCAGGGAGGGAAUAGCGCAGGUACCACAAUUUUCAACCCAGGCAAUGAGCCGAGCUUCAUGACACCUUUCCUCUACAAUUAUCUCCCACAACGACAACAUAAGUCUGUGAAGCGAUCUCGAGAAAUCGUUGAUCAAUAUUACAACACGGGACGCUCAGGUAUUCCGGGUAACGAUGAUGCUGGCGCAAUGUCAAGCUGGCUCGUAUGGAACCAGAUUGGCCUGUAUCCUGUCGUGACUCAGCCGGUUUAUCUGAUCCUUGCCCCAUGGUUCGAUGACAUUACUCUCAAGCUUGGAGACGACGGAUGUAUCCUAAGGGUCAAGGCCAGUGGAUUGGAAGAUGGUAUAUAUGUCCAAAGCUUAAAGGUCAAUGGUCAAGAUUGGAACCAGAGCUGGGUCAGCCAUCAGGAUCUGGUCAGGCCGGGCGGCGAAGAUGCCUUAUUAGAGUUUGAACUAGGCCCUGUCGCUACACUUUGGGACUCGGGAGAUGUUCCACCUAGCCCAGGCGCUACUAGAAGUCAAAAUUUGACUUAGUCUAGUCUAGUCGAAAAAGCCAUGCACGAUACAUAAUGAGAGAAACAGGAAAAACAUAAUCUUUUUAUG